AUGACGUACCCCCGCUUAAGUCGCGAGUCGUUGCUUCCUAUUCCAAGAGUUAUGCAUCAUGAAUGCAGUUCACUUUUUCGUCGAGAGGCCCGGUGCUCUGUGAAUGACAUAAACGGAAUUACCGUGUUUGGUUCUAAAACUGCAUCUAGUCUCAAGGUUAAAACUGAAGUUGAAGAGCCCUCUCCAGCCAAUGCCAGCGCGUCUUCAGCCUGUGAUUCGGCCACGAAUUUGUCCAACAAUGAAGGUUGGUAUCCACCUGGUCACGGCGAUAUAUACCGGAGCUUUCUGCGGUCUUCUUUAGCCGAUGAGUUUCGAAAUCAGGGCAAAGAAUGGCUAUUUAUCUCCAACAUCGAUAAUCUCGGCGCAACAGUUGACUUAAGUGAGUAA